AUGCCGGGUCUCAAUGGCGCAUCGCUGAUGCCCAACGGCGCUGCGGGCGGCGUCAAUGGCACUCGCCGGCCGUCAAUGUCAUCGCACUUGAAGACUAUGGCCCUGACAGAGUACAGCGCCAACCCAACUCCACCGUCCGAAAGGGAAGAAGAUGCCACAUCGUAUGUUCCGGAAGAAUAUCGCCUUCCAGAUGGCUACCCAGACUAUCUGCGCAUGAUUGCCAGCGCAACCUCAAGAGUUUACGAGGCCUGCAAGACGACGCCUCUCACCCCGGCCGUCAACCUCAGCAACCGACUAGAGUGCAAUGUGCUGCUGAAGCGCGAGGAUCUGCAGCCCGUCUUCAGCUUCAAGCUACGUGGCGCAUACAACAAGAUGGCGCAUCUCGACCCUGCCAAAAGCUGGAAGGGCGUUGUCUGCUGCUCCGCCGGCAACCAUGCCCAGGGAGUGGCAUACUCUGCCCGAAAACUCAAGAUCCCUGCCACCAUUGUCAUGCCCGAAGGCACACCAAGCAUCAAGCACUUGAAUGUUGCGCGUCUGGGCGGCCAUGUCGUUUUGCAUGGCGCAGACUUUGACGCCGCCAAGGAAGAGUGCGCACGACGCGCAAAGCAGAAUGGCCUCAUCAAUAUUCCGCCCUUUGACGAUCCAUACGUGAUUGCUGGACAGGGAACGAUUGGCAAUGAAAUGUUUGCGCAGGUCAACAUGGCCAAUGUUGAAGCCAUCUUCUGCGGCGUUGGAGGCGGAGGGCUCAUUGCCGGUAUCGGCUUGUUCGUCAAGCGGAUGGCACCCCAUGUGAAGAUCAUUGGCGUUGAAGCAUCCGAUGCAAAUGCUAUGGCGCAGUCUUUGAAAUUGGGAAAGAGAGUCACGCUCUCGGAGGUCGGUUUGUUUGCAGAUGGUGCAGCUGUCAAGGUCCCAGGAGAGGAAACUUUUCGCAUUUGCCGCGACGUUGUCGACGAUGUCAUCGAGGUCACCACCGACGAAAUCUGCGCCGCCAUCAAAGACAUGUACGACGAUACCAGAUCCGGUCUGGAGCCGGCGGGCGCUUUGUCCAUCGCUGGCUUGAAGAAAUACGUUGCCCAGAAGCCAUCUCAGAACGCCAAGAGGACGCUCAUCGCGGUGACCUCCGGCGCCAACAUGAACUUUGAUCGGAUGAGAUUUGUCGCCGAGCGAGCUGCGCUAGGUGAGGGCAAGGAAGUUCUAAUGGCCGCUACCAUCCCGGAACGGCCCGGAGCUUUCGCCAAGCUUGUCGACACCAUCAUGCCUCGGCCUGUCACCGAGUUUUCCUACCGUUACUCCCCUGGCGAGGUCGCCAAGGUGCUUAUAGGCCUCUCCAUAACAGUUCCGCCUUCCCAAAGGGCCGAAGAGGUGCGGACGCUGAUGGAGCGCAUCCGAGAGGAGGGUAUGGAGGUAACGGAUCUAUCCAACGACGAGCUCGCCAAGAGCCAUGUGCGCUAUCUCAUUGGCGGGCGAACGGGCGUUGUAAACGAAAGGGUCUUCAUGUUCAACUUCCCUGAACGGCCCGGAGCGCUAGAAAAGUUUCUGGCGACUUUGAGGCCAAAAUUCAACAUCAGCCUUUUCCAGUAUCGUACGUACGGCGGCGACGUGGCCAAGGUGCUAGCAGGGAUCCAAUGCCCACCGGAAGAGAACGCCGAUUUGGAACAGUUCCUUGAAGAGCUUGGCUACCCGUCAGAGGAAUGUACAGACUCGGAAGUCUUCAAGAUGUUCCUGAAGAGCAGUGGCCAAUAA